AUGCUCUUCGGCGUCUCUUUCCACUAUUGGCAAUUCGGCGAGAAAGCGUUUCAUGUGAAGAGUCAAGAAGUUAUUGGUCUUCUGGGUGAGCUUGGUUACAGCCUCUUCCUGUUUGUACUAGGAACGACAGUGGAUUUGGGAAUCAUAAAAAGAUCAGGAUAUAAAGCCAUCCUCACCGGGGUUUUAGGCAUGUUGGUCCCUUUGGCAAGCGGUGAGGUUGUCCAAAGGCUUAUUGUGAAAUAUGUCUAUAACCUUGACAAGAGAGACACCACUCGGCUUGAGGUUGUGACCGCGACGCAUAGCAUAACUGCGUUUCCGGUUGUUCUUCUUCUUCUCGAGGACCUGCAGCUCCUCACAUCUGAAAUUGGCCGGUUAAGCCAGUCUGCAACAUUAGUCUGUGACGUCUUUACCGUGUGUCUCCAAUAUUUUAUAGGCAGCUCAUCAUUUUCGAAGAGUAGUAAACUUGACACUAACAGUAUUAACCUCGGAGCAGCCAUUGCUUAUGUUAUUUCUGUUGCUGUGAUAUUUAGACCAAUAAUGUUAUGGAUGGUCAGGCAGACCCCAGAAAACAGGCCUGUCAAGAAAAGCUAUCUCAGUGCCCUAAUUCUGGUGGUGCUUGGUUCUGGGAUACUUACACAUUAUUACGGCCAGUCUUUUCAUUUUGGACCUUUUGUAUUUGGUCUGGCUGUCCCAGCUGGACGGCCUCUAGGAUCUGCUGUUCAAGAAAACUUCCAACUCUUCAUUUCAGAAGUGUUUCUGCCUAUUUAUGUGACGAUAAAUGCAAUGAGGCCGGACUUUUGGUUAAUCGACUACAAAGACGAUGCAACAAAAACCACUGCUUUCCUCAUGGUCUUCGUUUUUGGGGUCAAAAUCUUAGCCACCAUGGGUACUCAAUUGUAUUUCCGGAUGCCCUUGAAGGAUGCAUUUGUUCUUGCUCUCAUUUUAAGCUGCAAAGGAAUUGUCCACCUUUCAGCCUAUACUAGUUUCAGAGAUUUCCGGAUAGUAAAUGAUUCGGUGUAUGCUGUGAUGUUUUCUAGCGUUGUGGUGACUUCAGUACUCGUGCCUAUUGUAGUGAAGCACCUCUACGAACCUUCGAGAAAAUACGCAGGCUACGAGAGAAGGGACAUUAUGCAUUUGAAACCCAAUGCAGAGCUCAAAGUUCUUACCUGCAUCCACAGAUCAUCUAACAUGCCUGCAGUGAUCAAUCUACUCGAUGCAGCAUGCCCAUCUAAAGAAAACCCCAUCACUGUUUAUGUUCUCCAUCUCAUCGAAUUAAUCGGUAGAGUGACUCCCAUUUUUAUCUCCCACCAAGCGCAGGAUAAAACAGAUUCCCAUAUUAGCACAUCUUCAGCAAAUGUCAUCCUUUAUUUCAAUCACUUCGCGAGCGAAAAUCGUGGUGCUGUUAAUUUAAGCGUAUUCACGGCAAUCUCUCCACCGAAAUUAAUGCAAGAAGAUAUCUGCACGCUUGCAAUGGACAAGCUCACAACCCUAAUAGUCCUCCCUUUUCAUCGGGAAUGGUCAAUCGAUGGUUCUAGUAUUGAGUCGGAAGACAAUACUAUAAGGUCACUGAACUUCAGUGUACUCGAAAGAGCUCCUUGCUCCGUCGGAAUCCUAGUGGAUCGGGGACAUUUAGGCCGGUCUACCUCCGUUGUAUCCGCAUUAUCAACAUUUUCGGUUGCGGUAGUCUUCUUGGGAGGGAAAGAUGACAGGGAGGCAUUGGCCUUUGCCAAAAGAAUGGCCAAGGACUCGUCGAUUAGGUUAACAGUAAUCCAUUUAGUAGCCAUGGGUAAGGAAUAUGAUGGUGGGGAAUGGGAUAAAAUACUUGAUGCAGAGUCAUUGAAGGAAUUCAAAUAUAACAAUGUGGGCGGAGGCCUUGUAGUAUAUGUAGAAGAGAUGGUGAAGGAUGGACCGGAAACGGCCUUUCUCUUAAGGUCUAUGGUGGAUGAGUAUGAUAUAAUCAUAGUUGGAAGAAGGCAUGAGGUAGAGUCACCUCAGACAGUAGGGCUUUCGCAAUGGAGUGAAUUCCCGGAGUUGGGGACGAUAGGAGAUUUGCUUGCAUCACCUGAUCUCGAUUGUAAGGCAUCCAUUCUGCUUUCUAUAGCUGCCUUGGUCACCAUGCUCUUCCAAUCCGUUCUCAACCCUCUUGGAGAAAGUGCUUUCAUCUCGCAAAUGCUGGCAGGUAUUCUAUUGGGACCAUCAUGCUUAGGAGGAGAAAAUGAUUUUGCAGACACAGUUUACCCAGUAAAAAGUUUCUACAUCAGCCAAACCUUUGCUUUCUUUGGUUGCAUGCUUUUCCUAUUCCUAGUGGGUGUAAAAAUGGAUAUGAGUAUAGUCAAACGGUCGGGAAAGAAGGCUGUGGUCAUAGGCCUCUCGGCAUUUUUCGUCCCUUUGGUCCUAAAUGUAUGCUUAACUUUUGUACUGCAACGAACGGUUACCAUGGAACCCCAGCUGCACAAAUCACUUAUAGUCAUAGCAGUGCUUCAGUGCCAAAGUAGUUUCCACGUCAUUGCUUGUCUCUUGGGAGAUUUGAAGCUCCUAAACUCGGAGCUUGGUCGUUUGGCUGUGUCUUCUUCGAUGAUUAGUGGAACCCUCUCUUGGAUACAUAUCAUCAUAUCCUUCACACUCCGGCAAGGCACCAUGAAAAAUAUCCAAAACUUGCCGUUUAUGGUUUUGAGUUUAGCCGGAUUGUUGGUUCUAAUUCUCUGCGUAUUGAGGCCAAUACUGCUGUGGAUGGUUGCACAAGCAGCUAAACGCAAAGCCAUCAAAGAGAGCUACAUAUUCUCCAUCUUCAUCAUGGUCAUGCUUUGUUGCCUUCUCGGUGAGAUUGUGGGCCAGCAUUUUAUGCUUGGGCCUAUGGUUUUGGGCCUCGCCGUGCCGGACGGCCCGCCUUUGGGUUCAGCUUUGGUGGAUAGACUUGACUCGUACGUUUCCAACAUUCUGUUGCCGAGCUACUUUGUGUUAACUGGUGCAAGGUUGAAUCUGAGUAGAAUCAGAAUGAAGACCUUUGUGAUUGUGGAGGUUCUGGCUCUCAGUAGCUUUUGUGGUAAGCUAUUAGGAACCAUGGUGCCUUCACUCUACUGCAAAAUGCCCGCAACCGACGCACUUGCAUUAGGGCUCAUCAUGAGUGCCCAAGGCAUCACUGACCUUCUUAUCUUGCAACAUGGACUGCUCAUUGACGGAGAAUGCUACAGCAUCAUGAUUAUAACCUCGGUUUUAUUAACUGGGAUCAUCACCCCAAUAGUGAAAUUCUUGUACAAACCCUCCAAGAGAUACAAAUCCGCAAAGCGAAGACGAACCAUUGAGCAUUCCUUGCCAAACAUGGAACUCAGACUUCUUGUCUGCAUGUUCCACCAAGACAGCACUCCCUCCAUCAUCAACCUAAUAGAAGUCUUCAAUCCAACCCCAAAAAGCCCCAUUUGCUUCUACCUUGUCCACCUCAUCCGUCUCGCAGGUCGAACAGCUCCGGUCCUCAUAGCCCACAGACCCGGCAAAAGUAACAGCACGACCGCUUUGUCCGAUCACAUAAUCAAUGCCUUCAGAUUGUACCAAGAACACAACGCCGGCAGAGUCCUAAUGAAUGCAUUCACCGCAAUUGCGCCUUUCGACACAAUGCACGACGACGUAUGCUCACUUGCUUUCGAAAGAAGGACUUCGAUGAUCAUAAUCCCUUUUCACAAGUUGUUCUGUGCUCUCCGAUGCACCGAGGAAGUAGCACAUCCAAUCAGGUCCGUCAACAGAAACAUCAUUCGAAAUGCUCCAUGCUCCGUUGGGAUUCUUGUAGACCGAGGAACGUUGAAUAAGAAACCAACAGCUUUACAAGCUUCUCUAUCAGGAAGAAGUUUCUAUAACGUUGGGACAAUCUUUAUAGAGGGACCUGAUGACCGCGAAGCACUGGCAUUAGCGACGAGGAUGGCUGGAAACCCUAAUGUCAGCCUAACCGUAACCAAAUUAACCGAUCCGAAGCAAAGCAGCACCCAGAAAGAGAUCGAUUCGGAAGUUAUAAGGAAGUAUCAGGAAGCCAUUGUUGACAAGAAACAGCAUGUUUACAACGAGGUACAUGUUAAAGAUAGCGUUGACAUGAUCAAUGUGAUUAGAUCGAUGGAGAAUUUUCUCGACCUGAUUCUGUUGGGGAGAAGGCAUGAUUGUGAUUCGCAGUUGUUCAUGGGACUCACUGAAUGGAAUGAGUUUCCGGAACUAGGGUUCCUCGGAGACAUGUUAGCCUCUUCCGACGGAAACUGCGAGGUCUCAGUGCUGGUGGUACAGCAACAAUCGUUUGUACCUUCUCAAAAAGAGAAGACUGAUGAUUUCUUUAGCUGCCAUGUCAAAGAUUCGUACUCUGUGUUGGAUAUACCUCAUGACAGUACUAACAAAGUGUGGCCACUUUAA